AUGGAACAUGCAAAGAUUUUCCAACCUGCACCCCUUCCAGCUCUCUCUUUUCAAUUCGCUUUGAAUCGUCUUUUUCCCGUGCUCGCAAAGACACAGACACUUAUCGCUGAUCAGGAGUCUUUGCCCAUUCUUUUCAAAGACCGCCGAAAAAACAGUCUCGAGAUGACUACCCAGCAUCUACUUGACCUGGCCCCUCCUCUCUUGCAAACUGAGCAGAUUGGACCAAAUAUCUGGGUACGAAACAUAUUCUGUUUCGAGCUUCCGGAAGAAUAUAGUAUAGAAGAACUGGUGGGAAUGUUAAGGCUCGGCUAUCGCAACCUGAAAAGCAAUGUUCCUCUUAUUGGUUGCGAAGUUAUCCCUGCUGGAGAGGGCCGCGCUGGCAUGUCUCAGCUUCGGCACUACGGCGAUGAAGACCUCAACGACUUUACUGUCAAGGAUUUUCGAGCUGAUAGCGCUUGUCCCAGCUUUGCAGAACUCAAAGCUCAAGAUUAUCCAUCAUCUGCACUUGACCCCGACAGAUUUUGCACCCGUGGCUUGCGUGGUGAAUAG